CAAAUACAACGUCAAUUUUAAGCUAAUUCCAACUUUAAAAAUUUUAAUUUUCAUAGUAUACGUCUGCUUAAUGUGCACUUGGCUAGGAGCAGAGUCCAAAAGCAAUACAAAGUGUUUAUACACUGUUAAUGCCGCUAAUACAAAAAAUUCCAUAAUUAUGCCGCUAAUACAAAAAAUUCCAUAAUUAUGCAAUAAUUAUUUAAUCUUAAAAUUUAUUGACUAGAAGGUAGUAUUAAAGAAAAUAAAAAAGAUACAACUACUGGAAGAGUGAGAUUGUAGAGGAGGACAUCACACAAUCACACGAAUCUGAAGAAACUUCUCUUGAAAGAGAAUUCUAAUCAAUUAAUCAAAGAGUUAAUCAAAUGGAUUUUUCAGAGGUAUGGGCCAUAUUUGGACCUGGGGUCGCCGGCGCUGUAUUCGGCACCGGUUGGUGGUUCUGGGUUGACGCCGUCGUUUGUAGCGCCGUCAAAAUCUCUUUCCUUCAUUAUCUCCCUGGUAUAUUUGCAUCAUUGGCUGCUUUGAUGUUUAAUUGUGUUAGAAAAGAGGACAUUGACUACUCUCCUUAUGACGAUGGAGAAUGGAGGUUGAAGCUGUGGCUAUUUAUUGCAUAUGUUGUAUCCUUUGUGUCUUUGGCUGCAUCAGUUGGCCUAUUGAUACAAGACACACUAGGAAAAUCUGGUCCUUCAGCUUGGACAGGAGUUGCAGGUGUUCUGCAAUGUGUGUUUGUCUUAAUCAGCGGGCUUGUCUAUUGGACAUCACAUUCAGAAUCUUGAAGAGGAUACUUGGUGGGGUCUUACUCGAUCCAUUCUGUGAAAGAGUUACGGUUACAGUUGUAUAAAUGUGUGUUUGUUGUGCAGUGAGGCUAAGCACCAAAUAGUGGACGCUCAUCGUUUCUUCUACAUAUGAUAAUUACUAACUUGAAAUUUCAUUGGAAUGCUCAAGGAAAUGUCUUGAAGUGGUUUGUUUCAAAAGACUCAUUAUAAAGACUCAUUAUUAUAGCUUUUA